CUGACGUGAAUUGGUGCAGGUUACAUGAAGAAAAACACGGUUAUUCUUGUAUAUCUCAUAUAAAACACAAACGCUUCUAAAUCAACGCAUGAAACCAAGUAUAUUUCGUGGUGGUUUCGCCGAUAGCAGAACAGCAUCACGUAAAAACGCAGAUAACCUAUACGUUGGAUCACGGAAGUAAGAUGACGUCGUCGUCAGUUACAGCGGAAUCGAUCUUAACCGAUCGAGUCGGCGGUUCUACGUUGCGAGCCGAGAACGUAUGGGAAACCGUGCUGGGCUCACCGCGAUACGUGGUCGCGCCUAUGGUCGACGCUAGCGAAUUGGCCUGGCGAUUACUCAGCCGACGGCACGGUGCUCAUCUUUGUUACACGCCGAUGCUUCACUCUUCGGUAUUCUGUAGAAACCCGAAAUAUCGGCAAGAAGCACUCGCCAGUACCGCUGAGGAUCGACCAUUGAUAGUUCAGUUUUGCGGCAACGACCCGAACACGUUACUAGAGGCGGCGCUUCUAGCCGAGCCGUACUGCGACGCUGUAGAUAUAAAUAUAGGUUGUCCACAAGCUAUCGCGAAACGCGGUCGCUACGGUGCCUUUCUGCAAGACGACUGGGAUUUGCUUCGACGAAUCGUGAGCACUCUGAGCAAGGGACUCCGGGUACCUGUGACUUGCAAGUUGCGCGUAUUCCCGGAGAUCGAGAAAACCGUGGAAUACGCUCGCAUGCUCGAGAAUGCAGGGGCACGAUUGCUUACCGUGCACGGACGUACUCGAGAGCAGAAAGGCCCAUUGACCGGUCUAGCGUCUUGGGAUCAUAUCAAAGCAGUCAGGGAAGCCGUCGCGAUUCCCGUAUUCGCAAAUGGUAAUAUACAAUGCCUACAAGACAUCGAAAGAUGCAUAGAAGAAACUGGGGUUCGAGGUGUGAUGUUGGCCGAGGGCAAUCUUUACAACCCAUACAUAUUCGAGGCGUGUUAUCCGGCCAGCUGGGAGCCGGCACUCGAAUAUUUGGAUCUUGUGGAACGGUAUCCAGCUCCGUCCUCUUACAUUCGUGGUCAUCUCUUCAAAUUGUUUCAUCAUACACUUUCUUUACCAGAGAAUAAAGAAGAAAGGGAAAAUCUGGCCCGAAAUUCUACCAUGGAAUCGUUUAGAAGCGUUGUCUACGCUCUAAGAGAUCGGUAUCUACCAUACCAUGAAGGACGUCUGGUAUGGCGGGACGAAACGAAUGACUGUAACUUGCAAUUGCCGCCGUGGCUGUGUCGACCGUACGUGCGCAAUUCACCGGAAGGAAAAGAGACGUCUACGCUUGAAACGGAGAGGAUUGAAACGAAGGACGAUACCGCGAAGAGAAAAUUUAAAGACGAGGAUGGAAAUGAAAUAUCGCGAAAACGUUUGAAGAAGCUCAGACGAAUAGCGCGUCGACCCAACAGGCCACCUGUUGUCGUAAAGAGAGGAUCCGACUUGUGUCGCGAUUGUCCGAAUCCAGUGGGCCUCAAAUGCGUUCAUAAAUCAUGUAGACAGUGCUGUCGAAACAAGUGUUUCACGGAAAAUCUAGAUUGCGUUGGACAUAGAAAUUUAACCAAAACUAGACGACAGAUGGCAAUAGAAUUCGCCGCAAAACGAAAAACUAUCGAUGGUAUGUUGUGACUUUACGUAUAAUAAAGAAACCUCGAACAAAUACGCACAUACGUUUGUGCUCGUGUACAGUGAAU